GAAACUAUGAUAUUGUGAAUCAUGUAUGCUGUUUCAAGGAAAGCAGUGGUGCGUGUUUUGUUGUUCAGUAUUUGUGCUACAGUGAUAUGGAAUCUGCUGUCAUUUUAUUGGAUAAUGGAGGCGCGGUCGCCGAAGCAAAUUCACGUUUACUUCGCUAAGGUUGAUGGAGACAUUAUUUUGGUUGGACGUGAAAAUAUACCGCAGAAGAUGACAAAGUCAUCAACUCGUAAGGAAAAUGUUACAGGACCUAGUAAUCGUGUGGAAAAUGCAACAAGACCUAAAAUAUGUGAUAACUGUUUUCAUACAGAUUUUGAAUACAUUUUACAAAGUGAUGUAUGCAACAGAAACCACACAGAAGAAAACGUUAGUAUUCUAUUGCUGGUUUUCUCGAAGCAUGAAAAUGUGAAUCAGCGAAAAGCUUUACGGAGGACAUGGCUUUCAAAAGCAAAGGGAAAUAUUACCUACAUAUUUGUGUUUGGUAAGAGCGAGAUGGCGGAACUAAAUUAUAACAUCGCAGAUGAACAAAGACUGUAUAAUGACAUUCUUUUAAUCAAUUUUACCGAAAAUUACAGAAAUCUCACUCUAAAGACAAUAUCUGCAUUUAAAUGGGCAGUUUCUUAUUGCAGCCAUGUAAAUUAUGUAAUGAAAGUAGAUGACGACAUGUGGGUGAAUUUGGAAGCGUUGCAGGAAUUCGUAACAACACCGAUGGGCUUAUCAACUAAUAAACUGUUUGGAAGUUGCUCAAAAAAUGCUCGACCUUUCAGAGAGUCGAGCCACAAAUACUAUGUGCCAUACUCAAUGUACCCUGAGUCCACAUACCCACCGUAUUGUUCGGGAACAGGGUAUCUAACUCACAUGAAUCUCAUUAGAGAUAUCGUAAAACUGUCACCUAACAUUCCUUUUUUCCCCUUGGAGGAUAUCUACAUUGCUCUUUGUUUGCAACAAUUAGGUUUUAAUGUUCAUAACAUGAUGCCGUUUCAUUCCUAUAAGGUUUACCCACAUCCUUGUCUUUAUAGGUCUAGCAUUGUAAUCACCAGUCACGGAAUAACUGCUAACGAACUGAAACUUAUUUGGAAAGGCAACUGUAAGGCACAAAUAAGAGCAUGGCAGGAAAUGGGCAUGGGUGAAAAAGGUGGGGCGACAGUUCCCUUAAAGCAAAUUGAAAAAUGAGGUUAAAUAAUAUUCUCAGAGAGAAACGGGAGUAACCUCAUGAUUAAGAACUUAACGUAUGUGCUACUCGAUCGGUAGACCAAUCUGUAUACGUACUCUGUUGAGCUACAUGUACAUAUA